GUAUAAAAACUCUCAAGGUUUGUUCCCCAUUGCUACUCUUUGUUCAUGCAUGUGAUCAUAACAUGACAUUUACUUUUACUGUACUAAUUGAACUUGAACCUUAAGAGACUACGUUGCAACUUGUUACUCUUUUCUCAAAUCCAGGAGCAAAAAUCACCUGAAGGUCUGAAAACAUCUGAAAAGGUGUUCCACUCUCUAUUCUUAAAUUACAGGAUUUCCAUCAGUUGUACAUCUGAGGACUAAGACAAUCAUGAUGUUGACCACUGCAGCUCUUCUUCUCAUUGUCACCUGUGAAGUUCUAGGACAGGAGCAAAAAUCACCUGAAGGUCUGAAAACAUCUGAAAAGGUGUUCCACUCUCUAUUCUUAAAUUACAGGAUUUCCAUCAGUUGUACAUCUGAGGACUAAGACAAUCAUGAUGUUGACCACUGCAGCUCUUCUUCUCAUUGUCACCUGUGAAGUUCUAGGACAGGAUUGCAAAGUGAGAAAAUAUUCAUUGGAUAUGGCACCAGAUUCAGUCGAUGAUCGAUAUGAUGGUUGUUCAAAAAGCAUGGCACGUAAAGUGGAGACGCAAUAUCUAAACAAAGAAAUUUCUGCUAACAUAUCUGGCUUUGGGACAGCUUGGAAAAAUGGUACAAAAAAAAAACCAGUAGGAAAAGACAACUUGAAAAUAAACCAUUUAAUUGCCUUAGAUGUGUACACUGGUAUUCAUGUAUAUAACAAAUACAAUAGUGCUAUUAGGGCUGGUAGAAAAGAAUACAAAAACUUGACAUUCGGAUGGUACUCGCUUCACUUUUUGUUGACGGAAGCAUUACAGAUUCUAAAGAAAACACAACAGGGAUGUAAAAAAACAUAUCGUGGUACAAACGCUGAGUUUAAUGCCUCAAACAAAGAGAUUCGUUUUGGCUCAUUUACGUCCUCCUCUCUUUAUCAAAAUGUAACGAAGAAUUUUGGAAAUGUUUCUUGUUUUGAAAUCUAUACUUGUCAUGGUGCUGAUGUGACUAAAUACUCCCAGUAUCCUCAUGAGAAUGAGGUCCUGAUUCCCCCGUAUGAGAAGUUUUUCCUCACUGAUAUCAAGAAGAGAGAUCAAAAUGAUGUCUGGUGUAAGACUGUGUACAUGUUGAACAGCUCUGGAAUACAAAGUAACUUAAACUGUGCUGUGGCAUCAACCGAGUCCCAGAGAUAUCACAAAAGUCAUUCUCUCUCUCGCCAUAAUAUCAGAGGAGGGCGACAGAAACUUUUAUCCAACCCGCACAACAGUUUUUCAAUGAAAAGUAAACAUGCCGAUAAAAAAGGGAGUAGACUCCAAAUGUUGCGUGUUCGACAAAGAAAGGACAGCAAAAUAUUUCAGCAGUAUCGGAUGAAAGGCGAAAAGAAUGUCUGAUUUCAAAAGAAAGUAGGAAUUACCAUUAAUGCAUGAAAAACACAUCCUGCUUUCUUUGUUUAACACACAUUUUCUCGAAAUGAUGGAUAUGUCGUAAGUUGUCUAGCCCUUGAGAUGAUCUGAUACUUGUAAAUUAGACUCAGAAUAGAUAUUAUUUCUAUUUUGUCAAAAGUUGGAAUAUUAGAUUUUUCAGAGCUCCAUAAUUUAUGUGUGGUUUCAUCUGUAUGUCUAUCUAGUGGGGUAAAGAGUCAAAUGGGUUUUUUAUUUUAUUUUUUAAAAACAUCAAAGUGUGCUCAAAAAAUAUUUUUCAUUUCUUUAUUUUGAAUUUGUGUUUUCCUAUAGCUCUGCUAAAUGCCUAAGUAUAAAUGUAUAGUGUUGCUUUCAUUGUGCAAAAACAAAAAUAAAAUUGAUCUUAAUAUUUUUGUGCAACC